UGGAAAAAUAUUUUCAUUUUUAAAGAGAGAGAGAGAUAUCACUGUAUAUCACAUGGAUAUUGUGAAUGGUAUGCGGUUAUUUUUUUUUAUUUGCGGGAGCUGUUUUUUCCCAUCGAUUAAUUAUAAACUUGUGAUUAGUGUUGGCAUUUGUUUUCGCGAAAAUUUGAUUUUGAAAAUUCGAAAAAUUCUUUUUUUUCUUUUGUUCAAAACGAAUUUCAUUUAAUUUUAAUGUAUGCAAUGUUUAAAAAGUAAACAAUUUAGCUAAUGUGGAAUAAUAAUAGUAAUAGAGAGAUAAUUGAAAAUCAAAAUCAAAAUCAAAAUAAUAAUAAUAAUGAUGGCCAUAAUCAAAAUACGAUUGCGGAGAUUACAACUACAAAUAAUUCUACAUGCGAAUUAACAACUGUGCCUUCACUAUCAUCAUAUAGCAAAGAGCAAAGAUUGGCAACGAAAUCAUCAUCAUCAUCCAUUUCGACAAAAACAAAUGAAAAUUGUUCACAAUGCAAUGAAUAUGAUCAAUUUAAAAGUGAUGAUGAUCAACAAAUUUGUCUUUGUAAAUUAAAUUAUUCAAUAAAUUUAUUUGAUUAUUCCCCAUAUAAUUAUCAUCAACGUUCGAUAAAAUCAAUGAUUUUCGACAAUCCAGGCCAAAUAUACAACUAUAUCAAUAGAUGUCGUAGAUGGAUAAAAGUAAAAGAACCAGAUAAUGUUGAACUUCGACAUAAUCAAUUUUCCAUAACUACUUAUAAUAUUUUGGCACAAAAUCUUCUACUUAAUCAUCUUUAUCUAUAUCGUGAAAAUAAUAAAUCCGAUUUAGAAUGGUUAGAAAGAAGUAAUCGUCUUAAACAAGAAUUAUUAGAAUUAAAUUCGGAUAUAUUCUGUUUUCAAGAAUUUCAUUUAGAAAAUUUUACUACCUCCAUAUUACCUACACUUAAAAAACGUGGUUAUCAAAUGAUUUCCAAGCUGAAAACUGGACAAAAUUAUGAUGGCUGUUCAAUUUUAUUCAAAACAAAUAAAUUUCAACUACAAGAUUGUCUGGAAAUACAAAUGAAUCGAUUGGAUGUAUCACAUUUAUUAGAUCGUGAUCAAGUUGCAUUAGUUGUUAAACUUCGUCCAAUCGGACGAUUUUAUCCAGAAAAUAGUACCAAUUUAAUUGUUGCCAAUACACAUUUACUUUUUAAUCCUAGACGUGGUGAUAUAAAAUUAGCACAAUUAAGAUUAUUAUUGGCCGAAAUUCAACGAUUCGCCAUUCGAAAUGAUUCAACGAAUACAAUAACAAAAGAUCCGUAUAAAAUGGAUUAUUUUCCCAUUAUUUUAUGUGGUGAUUUCAAUAGUGAACCAAAUAGUCCUCUUAUAGAAUUUAUCAAAAAUGGGAGAUAUAAUUUUCAUGGAUUAUAUAGUGGAGAUAUUUCUGGUCAAAGAGAUGGAUUUGAAAAAGGACGAUUGUUACGGAAAAGUGAUUUGCAAAUGAAUGGUAUCGAUCUAAACACUUGUUUUACAAACAAUGAAUCGAUUGAAAAUCAUAGCAAUAUAGACGAAUACACUGAAGACAAUAAUCUUUUCGUUCGUCAUGUUUUCGAUUUUAAAUCAGUUUAUCCUACGAUUGAUCAAUUUAAUUUAAAAUUCAUUUCUACAUCAACACAUUUUGAUUGUGGUCUUGUUGAUCAUAUUUUCUAUAGUCAUAAUCAUAAAAAUUUACAUUUAUCAGCAUUCAAACAAUUAAUGAACAAACAAAAUUUAAAAAAAAUCGGUAAUAUACCUAAUUCAAUUUUAGGUUCUGAUCAUAUUGCAUUGAGCGCAAAAUUUUUUUUAUUAUAAAAAAUAUUUAAUUAAUUGAUUAAAAAACAU